CUCAGUGGCUGCAGUAUGAAUCGUUGCUUAGUUAGAAUAACGUCAACUAGUCAUUUCCUUUCCAGAUAACAAUUUGAUCAGUUAUUUCUACACCGCAGCAUAGAAACAAUGGAUACAUUCAGUUGAUCACUUGUUCUGUUCUGAUUUAUACACACUUCUCUCCAGAUAGAUUUUUUUUGAAUCAACAAAUAUGGAAUCCAAAGCUGUAGGAAGCCGAGAUAAUUCCCGCAGAAACACUAAGAAAUCUGGAAAUUCAGCUUCCGAGACCCGUUUCCAUCGUUUAUUGGAGAGCAACAUGCUGAGCGAUUGUAAAUUUUUGUGGGUGAGCAGAAAACUGUGAUUAAGGGACACAAGCUUCUAUUUUCUUUGGCCAGUGAAGUUUUUCAAGCAAUGUUCUGUGGAGAUUUGAAGGAGACAACCCCAGUUCAAGUUAUAGACUUAGAGCCGGAAGGAUUUAAUGGUAUGAAAACAUACAUAUACACUGGUAAGAUCAAGUUUACAUCAGUCAUCCACGCUUUACACACUUACACCGCUGCACGUAAAUACAUAAUCCCAAACCUGCCACAAAAAUGUGUAGAUUAUAUUGAGAAAAAACUGAAACCAUGCGACGUUUUAGAGUUACAAGACUUUUGUAGACUCAAUUGCAUCUCUGACUUCGACAAUCUGUGUUGUAGAAUUAUAAACCAGAAUACAGGGGAGGUUUUUAGUAGUGCAUACUUUCCAUCCGCAAGUAUGGAUGCUGUUGAGUCCAUCUUGAAAUCCUCCUCUCUAAAUGUCAACUCUGAAUUGGAGAUUUUUAUAAAUUUCGAGCGAUGGGCUUUGGCUGAGAUUGAGCGACGUAAAGUUCCAGACGAAGAUGUGGCCACGUGUUUUAACAAUCUCAAAAAACACAUUCGGUUCCUGACAAUGAGUGGGGAGGAAUUUGUAGAGAGAGUUGAACCAUCACCGCUUCUGACUCGUGAAGAGAAGUAUGCAAUUGCUAUCAAUAGAAUUAGAUUCCAUCCAAGGGUGACCGCUGAGAGUAUAUCAAUGACUCAGGAGCCGCGAGAAAUGGAUUUCAAUUUGAAUGGUUAUAAGCACAAGAUAAUAUGCGAGGUUGUGUAUGAUGAGUUGGAAAACGAAGAUUUUCCGAUUGUAUGUGAUAAAAUUAUUAAAGACCAUAGAUUCUCAAUAUUUGUUAGUUUUGCCAGUUCUGAUUCCUCAAUCUUACUUGGAGUCUCAUUGAAUUGUGACAUUUCAUAUAUUGAUAGCUUUCCUAAUACAUAUACAAAAGUGAUAAUUAUAAAAUCAAAAUUCAGAGUACUUUCUGUGAGAAAUUAUUGCAAUUAUCUAUCUCUCCAGAAUCAGUAUGAAUGCGUUGAGCAAGUUCUAAAUUUGAAAUAUGAUAGGCAUAUGAAUUGUUAUAGCGCCAAUACACCCCGACUACUGUCAACAAUACCGAAAGACAGUCUCAAUGAUGAACAUUUCUUUAUAAAUGCCAAUGGAAGAAAGAUGAUCGAAAUUGAAGCAUUGUUUUCAUUUAUUUCAGAUGGGAUCGAGUUUUAAGCUUGAACUUUCUUGUGAUCUCCCAAUCAGAUUUCUUUGUUUGAUUCUUACAAAUUUCUUCAUCCACAAAAAAUGCAAUGUUGAAAUGAUUAUAAAUCCUGUUCAGAGGUUUUAAGUUGAGUUAACAUUAGGUUUUUCAUAAAAAAAUUUGUGAACAAUUUUUCGUGAAAUAGUAGCUACGGUAUGUAAGUAUGUAGUAAGUAUAUAGCUACGGUAUGUAAGUAUAAUAAGUAUGGUUAUGAGUUUAAGAAUAUUUGUAAUUUGAUGUUAAGCUACUCAUAGAAUUUUUUAGAUUGACGACAUUAUUUAUUUUAUACAAUUUUGUAACAUUAAUGAGGAAUAAAAACUAAAUGAGAUCCAAAAUAAGCAAUAUUCUUUUCUUUAAGUCACUUGUUUCAUUAUUUGGUCUGAUAAUUUUAUGAAAUAUGGACCAACAAUAAAACUGAUAGGUUUUUGAUGGAUUAUUCUCAUAUGCUUUACAGAUUUCCCCAUCUAUAGACAUUUCUCAAUAUUAUUAUGACUUUCAUUCAAGUUUCAAUCUUCUGAUAGAGGUAGUAUUGGGAUUUCUCAAUAUAAUAUUAUGGGUCCUU